ACACAAGAAGCGCUGACUUGCCACACGACACAAAACUCCUCGCUUAACAGCAGUACUCGAGUCCACGACCUAUUGACGAGAAAGCUGCCAAGCACCUGGGCGUGGCACCAAGUCCUGCGCUACUCGGAAGGCGUUGAAUCGGCACUUGAAUCAUGAUCAUGUUCGCGCGUGGGCUGAUUGUUGCAGCUCUGAUCGAGUCUUCAUCAGGCUUCGUCAGCCCAGCAGCAUCGCGACCAGGGACCAUCGCACGCCUUCCCACACCGGUCGGUGCUGUCGCCUUGCCUCGGUCUGCGGUGUCCCGAGGCGGGCGUUCGUUCACCCUUGGCAUGGUAGAAAAGCUGGGCCCUGACGAGACGGUCAAGAAGUAUGGGCUCGAGGCUGGUCUGUUCAAGGCGUUGAAGGACGGCAACAAGGAGGAUGCUGAUGGAGAGGCUGGGGCGGCAACCACAACGGCGAAGGACCUUCUCAAGCAGUACGGCUCGGCCUACCUCAUCACAUCCAUCUCGUUGUCCCUGGUCUCGUUUGGCAUCUGCUUCGUGGCGGUCUCGAACGGCGUCGACAUGGCGUCGCUCUUGGGCAAGGUGGGCAUCGAGACGAGCGCCUCGGCGGAGACGACUGGUACGGUUGCGGUGGCAUACGCGAUCCACAAGGCGGCUUCGCCGAUCCGGUUCCCGCCGACGGUGGCGUUGACUCCCGCGGUCGCCAAGUUCUUGGGGAAGGGCGAUGGCGAAGAGGCUGCUGCUGCUACUGGCGAGGAAGAGGAGUAGGCAUCGGGCCUAUGCGUUGAAUUUGCCCUUUUCGAGCUUGUUGGACUGGCAGGAAGCACGGAGGGAGGAGAAGGCGAGGUUCGGACAGCGUAACUCAGUCUGUAAAUGCUGUCAAGGUGUGUGCUGCUGACUUGGUGGCGGCAACUUGUGUUGGAUUCGCUUGUUUCCUGCGUCACAAUCCAGUGAGCGUUAAGGUAGUGCGUUAUCACGAUCGCGUAUGCAUACCAAUUGGAUGUUCUUUGCCCUCUAAUUCUCAGUGGCGGUGCUUUCAAAGCACGCGUCCCUGCACGCUCCCAUGUCGUUCAGGUCGUGGGCUCCCCGGUUGUUGUAUGUCGUUGACUGGUUGUUUGUGGGGUCUCGUUCUGGAGGCAACAACAGCGCAGGAGUUGUUGUCCUUUUGAUGAUGUAUUGAGAGAGAGAAUAGAGUUGGUGUGUGUUGAUUGCUGUGGCUCAGACGAUGGGGGCACAUACGUAGCUCAGCGAUGAUCGUGAUCGGUCAAGUCGUCGUUCGUUCAGAGUGGGCACGCCAAGGACAGAUUAGAGCCUGGAUGGUGUUGCUUUGGUCGAGCAAGGUACUUACAGUAGACACUUUUGUACACAUGGAUUUUCGUGUUUCUGUAUUGUUCGACCGAGAUGUUUUCGUUGGGACACGUGUGGAGUAUUGUCGCCAAUUUUCAUCUGUUUUCGUUCAGCAAUACCAUACCUCAAGGCCACGAACAGGCGCUCAAGGCUUCAACAACCUUCGUUCAAAGACGAUUUUUCCCAAACCAUUCCACAGAACGAUUGUCUCGCUGAACCUACGGGCUCUCAUCUCGUGUCGGCCUGACGCCUUGGUUGCUUGUCCAUGCGUAUGUUCCGCGAUUAUGGGGGAAGCAGGGGUUCAGUAAAUACGGGGGAACAAAAGAUUCGUUUUGUUUGUUGGAGCAAGAAAGAAGGCUCUUGUUGCCGAUGCUAACAUUCAAAUCGAUGCGUUUCACGAUUGGGGCUCGUCAGAGCGACACGUGGUCAUAGUCGGGCAAACGGAG